UUGAAAGUUAAAUCUCUAAUUGGUCCUAAGACAUUUGAGCUGCACCUAUUUCCCAGGCAGUGUGGCCCUUUGAGACUUAGUAAAGCAGUGGGUGACAGCAUAGUCAGAGCAUAUCUGGCCUGGCAGUUGUUGCCUCCUUGUUCAAGUGUUAUUCCUUGGAGUGGGGAGAGCAAGUGCUGAUAGGGCAGAGAACAAGGGAGAGGGGCCUCUGCUUCUUUUCAGUGCUAUUGGCUGGUUUUGUUUUCUGACAUCUAUGAGACUUGAGCUUUGGAGACUAGCCAUCGAACAUCCUGUUUUCACUGAAUUUGUCUCUGUUCUUCCCAGUCUCUUCUCCUUUCUUCUGGUUGCAGAGCUGCUGCAAUAGCACCAAGGAAAUAAGCAACAUGAACACGCUUUCCCAUGUCAGAGGCCUUGGCAGCAGGUUCUGGUGCUAUUCUGAGAUGUCAGCCAGCCCUGAAUGAGGUAGCAGUAUGCUGUUCUGCAUUUCUAUCUAGUCCAGGAAUCCUGCAUAGAGAUUCCAGUUUGAUACCUCUCCUGGAAAGAGCUCAGAUCAUAUGGACAUGGAGCAGAAUCUGGGAGCAGGCACUGAACUUGGUGGGAAAUGGCAGGGUGCCUUCCUCCCUGUAGGAGAUGCAGGUUUCAGAUAAACAAGAGCCUAUGAGGACUUGUACCUCCCUCCUCCCUCACAGAUGGAAGGCUCCAAGGAAAAAAUCAUUCUGAAUAUUGGGGGAGUCAGAUAUGAGACAUACAGCAGCACCCUCCGGACCUUCCCAGGGACGAAGCUGUGCAGCCUCACAGAGCCCCAUGCCUCAAGCAUCUACGACUAUGAUCCCACCACCAAAGAGUUCUUUUUUGAUAGGAGUGCUGAGAUCUUCAGCUACGUGUUGAACUAUUAUAGGACUAAACAUUUCCACUGUCCUAUUGAUACCUGUAGGUCAGUCUUGGAAGAAGAGCUGGCUUUCUGGGAAAUCAAUGAGGCACAGCUAGCAUCCUGCUGCUGGCUGAAGCUGAAUAACAGAGAGGUGCAGCCAGAGGAGUUCAACAUUUUGGAUGAAAAUGAGCAGACUGAUGACCAGUGCCUCAUAGUCCAGACAGAAAGAAGGGAUCUGGGCUGGCGAACCAGAUGGCAGCCAAAGAUUUGGUCUAUGUUUGAGAAACCCUUUUCCUCUUUCAGUGCUAAGUGCUUGGCUUUUGUUUCUCUGCUGUUCAUCGUUGGAAUUGUCAUCGUAUUCUGUGAGGAAACCAAGGCACAGUUUGAGUUCUUUACUGCUAACUUCACCUCAGUUGGCUAUUCUGAGGUCUCCCACAAUGACCAUGAACCCUAUUACCACCAGGCUGCCUACUUGCUUCAUCUGGAGCUUUUCUGUGUCCUCUGGUUUACUUUUGAGUUCUCUGUGCGAUUUUGUUUCUGCCCAGACAAGAAGUUGUUCUUCCAAAAUCCCCUCAAUGUGGUUGACUUCCUCUCCCUCUUCCCAGUUUAUAUUGAACUCUUUGUGGCUGGGCAGAUUCAGAGAGUGCCAAGCCUAGGGCUUUGGUUGGGCUUUGUUCGAGUUAUCUAUCUCCUCAAACUCCUGAAGAUAUCCAAGCUGAUAGAAACACCACUGAUUCUCAGGGUUCUGUGCUACACCCUCAAGUCUAUCCUCAGAGAGAUUUGCAUCCUGCUGAUGAUUUUGGCGUUUGAGACCCUCUUCUUUGGCUCUCUCUUUUUCUAUGGGGAGUUGCUGGGUAGCCAUCCCUCCUACACAGGGGAGCUGCACUUCACUGACAUUCUUGUUUGCUUCUGGUGGGCUUUGAUCACACUCACUACAGUUGGCUAUGGAGAUAUUAUCCCUCUCACCACAGCUGGACAAGUGACGGCAGCCUUGGCGGCGGUAUUUGGCAUGUUAACUAUUAUCAUCCCAAUACCCAUUUUCCUGGUGAAGUUUAAAACCUAUUAUGACAUUGCUAUCUUCAAACAGAAGCUGAAAAGGAGCAAGAAACAUUAACACUUCAGAAGCUCUGUUCCCCUUUUGCCUUAGCAGUAAACCUUCAGCAUGGUUUAUUCCCUUUGGUGGGCAACAGAGUGCCAAUAGUUCAUACUGCAUUUACUUGCUGCCUUAGUGUAUCUCAAACUGUUGGUGAGGCCUAACAUCGGAGUGCUUGGUACACAGCUGAUGGGACCUGUCAAAUCCCAUGGGUCUUUCCCACAUUGUACCUCAUGCCAUGCUCUCUUACAUGUCACAGUUUCUCUCUCAUCUAGCUGUUCAGGGACAUGCCUGUGAUCAUAGAAUCAUAAUGGUUAGGGUUGGAAAGGACCUUAAGAUCAUAUAGUUCCAACCCCCCUGAUGCUACAUUAUAGCAUCAUUCUAUGAUUCCAUAGCCUGAAUGUGCACCACAUAGCCCAGUUCCAUGACCUGGGGCCACAGCAUAUUCUCUCAGCUGCCAUACAACCCGUGGUACUAGCUGUGCUCUCCAUCGACAGACCACAGUCUCAUUCUGCGUGCUAGGAAAGAAGAUCUGAGCACAGCCCUGCUCUGACAGGGAGGAUGAAGCACUUUCAAGUUGUAUUUUUUAGCAGUGUUCUAUUUCCUCACUUUACCAAGCCAAGCCAGUACAUCUGACCUGCCUGUGUGCUCACACAUAGGUGGAAAGAAGGCUGCAGGCUGCUCUGUGGUCCUUAGAGCCAGCACUGUUUGAUAACCUGCUUUGUGGGCUCACAGGAAUUGCUGUGGCAUUCGGGUAGCACCAAGGGAGCCCUCUGACAGCAAAUCCUUCCUGGCUCUGCUGAAGUCAAUGGCAAUCUUCCCUUGGCCUCAGUGAGACUAAAAUGUCAUUGGACAAUUCCCUUUGAUCAACACAUUCCAACAGUUCUAGGUUUUCAUGUACAAAAGUGACUGAGUUAUUAGCCAAAAUAUCUAUGUUUUUUUGCUCUUCAAAAGGAAGAAUGUAAUCUACAGUACUCAGUAUAGAUCUAAUGUCAUUUACUUUCUUAAAGCAUAGAUAAAAAUGUGGAAUAUUUAUCUUUUAACUGGAUAGUCUUACUUGUUACCUUUGUUUGGUUUUGAAAUAACAAAAUAUUGUUGAGGUAUGAGAACAAACCACAUCUCACUGUUUCUAUAGCAGGAUGAUGUGCUAGGGUUGUUUUGUUUAGUAAGUAAAAAUUGCUGUAUCCAAUAACAUUUCUGUAUUGAAAUUUCAUUAAGGUUGUAUUUUAACUGCAAUUUUGAUGAAGUUUUGUCUGCCA